UGUGAUAUGCAAAUUCUACACUUUGACAUCAAGCCUCAAAAUAUCCUCCUUGAUCGGAAUUUCACCCCAAAGAUUUCAGAUUUUGGAUUUGCAAAGUUGUACCCGAAGGAAUAUGGCCUGGUGUCCAGGAGUGCUGCCGGAGGGACGAUAGGAUAUAUAGCUCCUGAAUUGAUAUCUAGAAAUUUUGGGGUAAUAUCUGAUAAGUCAGAUGUUUAUAGUUUUGGAAUGUUGCUCUUGGAGAUGGCGGGAGGAAGGAGGAAUGUGGAUCAAAGGGUGGAGAAUUCCAGUCAGAUUUACUAUCCUUCGUGGAUCUAUGAUCAGCUUACACCAGGGAAAGAACUUGAAAUCAAUAACAGCAUAGAAAUUGGUGAUGCGGAGAGAAAGCUAUGUAUAGUGGGUUUGUGGUGCAUUCAAAUGAAGUCAUCUAGUCGUCCCUCGAUGAGUAAAGUUAUAGAGAUGUUGGAAGGUGAUGUCAAUAGCCUGCAGAUGCCACCCAGACCUUGUUUUUCUUCUUCGCAGCCUAUAUCUGUAAGACAGUCUUGCAUGGACUCUUCUCUCACCGAAUUAUCGAUCAUCUCCGAGCACGAUGAACUUCUCUAAUAGGCCAUGCACUAAAGUGGAACUUGCUAGAAUGUGAUGACUCCCAACUCUCCAAGGCCUUGC